CACAAGGUAAGUAUUUCGUCAGCGUUGUCGCAGACGAGUACGCCAGACAGGUCAUCUGUGGUCUGACGGGAGAGUUCUACUCCUGGGAUCUUUUGAGGAUGGCCCCGAAACGAUCUUCAACCACCGUCUCGGGACAUCGUCAACUGUCGCCAAACUUGCUGGAUCGACUCGCGACCGUGCUUGGAUACACACUGGAAUCGGGGGAGAGUUGCGAAACGCCCUAUAUCAGAUACAUACUCGGCCAAUGGCCAGGUGAGGGAACACUGGACGAGUACGUUCGGCUCGUUGUGAAUAUUAUUGAGUACUUCAUUAACAGCGAAGAAAGCCAGAGUACAAAGGGCCUAAACCUGCGACGAAAAACCAGCACAAUUAAGCAAUGUAUUGAUGGUUUAGUCGACGAUUUGGCUCAGCCUUACUUCCGCCAUCUUCUCCCCGACGACGGGACUCGUCGCCGCGUCGUUGUCGACACCGUUCUCCUCAUUCUAGGAUCAUGGACGCUGAUGCAAAGCUACUUCAUACCUCAGCGGGGUGAACCACGGCAUAUUCUAUUAGCUUACUGCUGGAACAAUGAUAAGGAAUACUUGGAGACGUCGGGCUUAGAGGAGACGCUCACUGGCCUUCUAACCAAGAGUGGGCUUCUUCCUAACCCAAGCGAAAGCGUCAAUCCUGAGCACAUAACGAAAGGGUCUUUGAUUAUGAAGGUCACGGGUGAUGAAUCCGCUCUAUCAAGCUCUAGGUCUGCACUGCACCCAUCUCUUGGCUUAGUGGAAUCUUUGGAAAUAGCUGCGACAACAUUGAACGCCUUCAAACUUGGUAAUCUCGGUGCAGUGCGCAUCCUAUGGACUAACAACCUCUCUCGGCACAUGCUGCUAUCAAACCAUGCAAAGAAGUUUUAUUUGGAGCUCUUCGCGAUUCCCAGCGCACUCCAAGAUGGGCCAGACUCAGCUCUCAAGUACACGGGCAUCUCCAGUGAUCUAAUGGACGAGAUCUGCCAGUCGUAUGCAAACCUCUUCAACCCAAAGGUUUCAAGUCGCUCGCAUACGUACUUGGGUAGGCUGUUUGGUGCAAAAUUCUGGUGCUGGUGCCUUCCUUGCUCGUCCAGGCGCCUGAUGAAUAACCAACUGAGGAAGCUCAAGUCAAAUUCCCCUGUUCCUGGGGACAUCAAGCUCACGGAUUCGACGAGGCCAAAAUUCGAUCCCGCUUUGAAAGACUUGAUGAGCAAGAAUGCUAGAGGCUGGGAUCAGACUGAGUUUGAAUACCUCUGGCCGCGUAUAGUAAUACUCGAUGCGCAUCUAUCGGGCUCGAAACCCUGGAGCUUUUGGGUUAUCUUUCGAGACCGUCGCGACUCGGUGCAGUUUUGGACUUUUCUAUUCGGUACCAUCAUUUUGUUCCUUACCUUCGUCCAAGUAUUUUUGGGCAUUGCCCAAGUCGCUUCGGGCUUUCUAUAACGAAUGUCAUGAAUCGGCUAGCAAGUCAUAAUAUCUACUAUUCAGAACAUGUUCACUUCAUACGAUGCGAUGCUCACUUCUGAGCGUCAAUGGUGCUUGAAAUGCACCAUAAAAGGACACAUGCCCAUCCUCUAAGCGGUUGUAGAAUUUCCGACCUUCCAUGUCAAAUCUCGUGAACUCAGCCACCGGCUGUGCCCAAGAUGAGAAACCGGCGACUUUUGCACACAGUACAUCAUCACCGGCAUCCUCGUGUAUACACACGGCCGUUCCACUCUGGGCUCCUGGUGCUCUCAACGCAGGAUCAACUCUGUAAAGGAGUGACCGUGAGACU